ACUGACAAGAUGGAAUGCACACUCUUUCCAUAUCUGGUCAUUAUAUAUGUGUUCCGAGGUGUGGCUGGAAACCAUAAGGGGUGGGAGCUGACCUACUCCCCGAGUCGGGAUCUCUGUGUCUUAAGAGGAUCAAAUUUGACCAUGAUGUGCGACUACGUUUACCCGGCCAACCUCAGCGUCAGGAGUGCCUUCUGGACAGUGCAGGAGUACGGUGACCAGCCUGUCACUGAGGACUCUAGGUACGAGGGCAGGGCGAGCGUGGACUGUGGGGACAUGAGCCACCAGUGCACUCUCCGCUUGGUCAACGUGACUACAGCGGACACGCAGCACAAGUACUACUGCAGGGUGAUCACCCAGCAGCAGAAGCAGAAGUGGACGGGAAGGCCGGGAGUGAAACUGACGCUGACUGAUCUCCAGGUGCGAACCCCUGGCCACCUGAGAGAGGGAAAGGCUGUGAAUCUGACCUGCUUCAGUAACUGCACUCUGAGUGGCAGCGACAAGUUUGUCUGGCAGAAGAAUGGCGUGAAGGUAAUCAACACGAACCAUCAGACGCUCCGUCUAACCUCCCUCACCAACAAUGAUGAGGGCAGGUACACCUGUGCUGUCGAUGGCUAUGAGGAUCGGCAAUCCCCACCACUGCAGAUCAGCAUUGCUUAUCCUCCAAAGGAUGUGUUGGUUUUUGUGUGCCCUUCGGGUGCAAUUCUCAAAGGAAGUUCAGUGACGUUGGCCUGCAUCAGCGACGCCAAUCCACCAGUGGACAUCUACACCUGGUUCAAGAAGAACAUAAACCAUUCACUAGGAUCAGGACACCAGUACAGCAUCAAAAACGCCAACUUCGACGUAACUGGUCAAUACUACUGUGAGGCAAAGAAUGCACUUGGAGCUGAGACAUCGACCGACAUGUUCAUAAAAACAGAAGAUGAAUGCAGUUGUCUAAUGACUGUCUCAGUGGGAACUUCUGUGGUCUCUGGAGUUGUGAUGCUCUUCAGUUGUGUCUUCUUCAUGAUCAGCCGCUGGUGGAAAAGAAAGGAUGAUGAAUCUGAAGAAGACUCUGAUGAUGAGAAAGACAAGACAUCAGAGCCUGAGCAGGAGGAAAAUGACUACGGAAACUGUCGGUAUGGCAAUGCCAUCCAGCAUGAAGAAGAUGACUAUGGGAACUGUCAGUACGGCAACGCCGUCCAGAUGGAUUCAGUUCAGGAGGAUACCUAUGACACCGCGCAGGAUGAUGACAUUUACCAAAACGUGGACAGUAUCUCCAUGUGAUUGUCCACUCUUAGGGCUAUCUCACAGUCUACACAAACCAUUAAGAUGUAGCUGUAAAAGUAAGGUUCACACAAGCAUAUUGAAGAGCCCGUCGUAUUACAAACAUUCAAACAUUAUAUUUUUAGAAGCUAUGGAAACCCGUUUCCGCCACUUAGGGGAAAAACAACUGGCAAAUACAAAGUCAAAAUUACGAGAUACCAUAUCAAGUCAUAGUUAUGAGAUAGAAAGUCAUAUUUUUGAGAUAAAGAGUCAAAAUUAUGAGAUAGAAAGUCGAAAUUAUGACACAAAAAGUCACAAUUAUGAGAUACUUACCUGUAUGUAUGUACUGUAUGUACAUGUAUGUAUGUAUGUAAGCUACACAUUUGAUGUCUUACAGGAUUUGAUGCAUUGUAUGUCUGUGUACGUAGACUACAGAGGAUUUCAUAGAUAGAUAUAUACUGUAUACUUUAUUCUUUUAUUCUUUAUUCAUUUAUUUAUUAUAAUGUCUGAUAAACACAACCAAGAAGAAAACCGAAUAGUAUUUUUAUUUGAAAUUAUAAUCAGAGGUUCAUUUUCAAGUUCAAUCUCACUCUUAUCAGUAGGCAUUACACUGGCCAUCAAGUCUUUUCCUGCUCAAUUUGUGGCUCUCGGCCGCACUUCACAUGCUCUACAGGAGCAUAGUCUGAGGUUGUCUUUUUUUUCCUCCUCCCCUUUCCUCAUGUUAUGCUGUACUUGUACUUCCUAUCUGCUCUCCUGUCCCGUCUACCCCCUCUUAUCAUACUUAUAUACGAUACAAUAUAUAAUAUUAUAUAUACUUAUACAUAUCUUGAAUUUCCCCUUGGGGAUCAAUAAAGUAUCUAUCUAUCUAUCUAUGUAUGGACAGGUUGGUCUAAAUCUCAUUGUACUUGUAUCUUGUGUUCUUGUAUAAUACCUGUUCAAUAAAGGC